AUGAUUGUUAGUGGCCAAUUAGGCAAAGAAAUAGUACCUUCUGUUCACAAUCUUCAACAAGUUAUCUCGAUAUAUGUGUAUUGUAUGAAUAAAGAAAUUAAUGAACAAUGGGCUAGCAGAUUUACCAAAGUAAAAGCUAUUGUUGUUCACCUUGAUGAACUUAUUUCUCGAAUUAUGACAGAUCAUAACAUUCAAAAUACGAUAGAACAACCACUAUCAACCAGUGGCAUUAUUACAGUUGCUGGUGCAGGUAAUUCAACAAUAAACGUGUACGGAGUGCCUGACAUAGUCGCCGAUGAUGAAAAAUUAAAAUUAGCCAAGAAUGAAAUAAUACGCGCUCUUGACUUGGAAGAAUGUGAAGUAAAAGAUGAAAUCAUAAAUGAUUUGUUAAAAAAUGGUCGACAAUCACUGUUUAAGUACGAAGACGAUUUCGCACCAAAAGUCUAUAAAGCGGCAAUAAACGAAAAUGAUGACAUAUUGAUGAAAUGUAUGAAAAAAUAUUUUGAAAAACAGUGGGAAAUAAUAUAUGGUUCUUCGAAUCAAUGGUUUAUUAAAUUCUUACAGGAAUAUAAAGAUGCCGUCAAUUAUGAUUCUGUUUGGAAACGUACAGCUGAAUAUGGGCAUAAAUAUAUCAAAGAUUGCCCAAUCUUAUCAAUUGCUUUGCAACUACUAUUUGAAGGCAUUGACGACAAAUUUUUUGAUGAAACAAACGCAUUCAAUGAUUUAUUGUGCGAAAUAACCAAUAAUGGUUUAAAAUCUAUAGAAAAUUUUCUUGAUAAUGAAAAGCAAUCGGUCUUAUUGCAAGCGUUACGUGAAUAUUAUCGUCCAAAAUUGUUUGAGUUACUGAAAAAAAGUAAUAUCACAAAUAAAGACGAUUUGUAUGACUUAGCAUUAGAAAAUGUUGCUAAAUAUGGUUGGUUACAAGGUUUAAAAGAAGUUGAAGACAGAAUAAUAGUGAAACAUUAUAAGACAUUACUAAAGAAUAUUCCUGUAUCUGACAAUACUUCUGGAAAGCCAGGUAAAUUUAAUUUGGUAGAAUACUUUGCUUGUUUAUUCCUCUGA